AUGUUUGGCUCAAAAUGCGAUAGCACAUGGUCGAUUCUGUCGCAUUUCGUAUUCGCCUCGAAUUUCUUGCCCACACAAUGUGUUCCUUGGCUUUGGCACGUGGCUUUGGAUUUUCAGCUCUACUUGGUGAGUCUCUGCAAAACAUUUGCGGGCAAGAAAAAAAAAAUUAAAAAAAAAAGUUUGCCACGGAGCGGGACCGAACCCGAGACCUAUAGAUUUCAAGGCGAACGCGCUAACCACUCGGCCAUCCGCUGUUGUUUUUUCUUGCUCGCAAAUGUUUGACAUAUGAAACAGAUCUUCCCACUGCUCGUUUUGCUGCUCAUCAAAUUUCCCAAAUUUGGCUGGCUGCCAAUUUUGGGUCUCAUCGCGAUUUGUCUCAUCUACCGUACCCUGGCGUUCACCGUCUUUGAUCUACCCAUCAAUAUUUUUACAAAGAUGUUGAGCGCUCAAAAAUUCGACAGGGUAAUCGAGAACACUUAUCGAUUUGUCUACACAGCGCCGUUUUCACGAGCUCCGCCAUUUUUCAUCGGAAUCCUAACCGGCUGGUGUUUUUUGGCGCAACCCACUGCACUGACAAUUUCCGCAACCAAAUCCGCGGCUCUUCAAUGUCUCGCUCUCACACUUCUUUCCGCGUCGCUCUUCGUUAGCGGAAACAUUCCGCAUGCCGUGUUGUAUCGUUGCGCAUGGAGUUGCGGAGUGGCGAUUUUGAUUACGCUAGCUCCCGGAUGGCUGGUUUUUGUGUUGGGAAGUCAGAGAUAUGUGGUGUUGGCGAGAUUGAGUUUUGGUGAGUUAUGGGGGGGGGGGGGGGGCAAGUGCGCUCUAAUGAAAAUUCAAAUUUUAAAUGCAAGUGCGCUCUACUGAACUCUCUAGUUUUCCAAGGAAAAUUCAAAUUUUUUCAAAAUUCAAAUUUUCAUUAGAAAAAUGUAAGUGCGCUCUACUGAACUCUCUAGUUUUCUAAUGAAAAUUCAAAUUUUCAAUGCAAGUGCGCUCUACUGAACUCUCUAGUUUUCUAAUGAAAAUUCAAAUUUUCAUUAGAAAAAUGCAAGCGCGCUCUACUGAACUUCUAAUAAAAAUUCAAAUUUUAAAUGCAAGUGCGUUCUACUGAACUCUCUGGUUUUCCAAUGAAAAUUCUAAUUUUCUAAUGAAAAUUCAAAUAUUCACUUGAAAAAUGCAAGUGCGCUCUACUGAACUCUUUAGUUUUCUAAUGAAAAUUCAAAUUUUCAUUAGAAAAAUGCAAGUGCGCUCUACUGAACUUCUAAUGAGAAUUCAAAUUUUAAAUGCAAGUGCGCUCUACUGAACUCUCUAGUUUUCUAAUGAAAAUUCAAAUUUUCAUUAGAAAAAUGCAAGUGCGCUCUACUGAACUCUCUAGUUUUCUAAUGAAAAUUCAAAUAUUCACUUAAAAAUGCAAGUGCGCUCUACUGAACUCUCUAGUUUUUUAAUAAAAAUUCAAAAAAUUGUCUGAUUUUCCAAAUUAUUGAGUUAAAGUACCACUUUCAGUUAGAGCUACAGUAACCCAGUAUAUUUUGUAGUUUGGUAUCUACAGUACACUUUGCAGCUUUAGGCUGAUUUGCAGUUUGAGGUACAGUACCCCGUGCAGUCUGAAACUAAAAAUUUGAAAAAUUUAUAAGUAAUUGAGAAAUUUUGCAAACGCGCUCCACCGAAAUAUCGAUUUUCCUACAGGCGUCUUCCUGGCUCACGAGCCAAUUUUGCUCUACCGCCUCAACACUUUGCACCAGCCAAUUUCCGAUUUCACCCUCACCAACAUCAUUUUCCAAAGUCUCGCAAUUUAUGUGGUUUCUUUGGGUCUCGCCUGGAUUUUGGCAAUGGUUAUAGGUGAGAGAGUGUAGGAUUGUGAGAGACGCAGACAAUUUUUUUCCAGAAAUUCCACUGAUCACUCUGGAACGUCGUGUAUUCAUGGGCCCCCAAAAGUUGGCGGUGCGCCAGAGGCGCGUCUCAUUUUCUGAAAAUGGUGACACCAUCUUUGGUGAUGAUGAGGAAGAGAUGGUAGAGGAGGAGAGAGUGCAGACGACGAGAGAUGAGAUUUUAGGGUGAGACUCUGCGUCUCUAACCUAACCUUUUCCAACUAUUUUUUUUUCAGAGAAAGUGAGAUGAAAUUUGAUGAAAAAGCGAAAAAUUGGCUGAAAACUUGUGGAAUUUUGGAGGCGGAUAGUAAAUGUUGA